AUGCAAGUGCCAAGUCCCAACUCCUCUUUUCUCCUCCCUUCCAUCCGAUGGACUCCAUCCACUCCCCCGCCGCCGCAGCCGCCGACGAUGAAGACGAAGACGAGUGGUGCGACGCGCUCGACCACAUCCCUCCUCCCCAAUCGCCCGUCCCUGACCUCCCCCAAUCAAACGGCCACGAUCCCCCCUCUCCCCCUCCGCACAUCUCCAAUGGCGACCUCCUCCCCGACGAGUCCCCUUCCAAGAAGCCCAAACCCUCCUCCCCGGACCCUUCCCCUACUCCUCCCUCGGCUCCCACCACCGUCGCAGCCGCCGUCGCCGCCGCCUCUAAGAAGCCUAAGAAAAAGUCCAACAACGUCUGGACCAAACCCACCUCCCGCCGCAAACCUAAGAAACCAAAGACCCCCGCCGCCCCCAAUGGUUCCGGAUCUACCCCCGGCGCUGGCCCUGACGAUGCCACCGUCGUCCUUGCCCCCAUUCCUCGCUUUCUCCUCGACAAAUCUGAUGACUCACCUGACGCCUCUAUCUGCCUCUCCAAGCUCCACAAGGCCGAGCGUGUGGAGCUUUCCGAUGACCGCCUCACUGCUGGCAGUACCAAGGGGUACCGCAUGGUGCGUGCCACAAGGGGUGUUCAAGAAGGGGCUUGGUACUUUGAGAUCAGGGUGAUGAAGCUAGGUGAGUCAGGGCACACGAGGCUUGGGUGGGCGACCGAGAAGGGGGACCUGCAGGCCCCGGUGGGUUUUGAUGGGAAUAGCUUUGCCUACAGGGAUGUGGAUGGGAGCAAGGUGCACAAGGCGUUGAGAGAGAAGUAUGGGGAUGGGUAUGGAGAAGGGGAUGUGAUUGGGUUCUACAUUAGCCUCCCCGAGGGGGGACUGUAUGCCCCUAAGCCACCCCAAUUGGUUUGGUACAAGGGGCAAAGGUACAUUUGCGCCUCUGAUAUCAAAGAGGAGCCGCCGAAGGUCGUGCCUGGAAGUGAGAUAUCAUUUUUCAAGAAUGGAGUGUGUCAAGGUAUCGCCUUCAGCGACUUGUUUGGUGGGCGUUACUACCCUGCUGCAUCAAUGUACACUCUCCCAAAUCAGCCAAACUGCGAAGUCAAAUUCAACUUUGGGCCGGACUUUGAAUUCUUCCCUCAAGAUUUUGGUGACCGUCCCGUGCCACAACCCAUGAUCGAGGUUCCUUACCAUGGUUUGGAUGUUAACGCUGACGGCCCUGCCGAGAAUGGUCAUACGGAGAAAACAACUUGACUCACACCUGACUCUUUUUGCCAGAUUGUGGCCACUCUUCUUAUUGUAAUGACAUUUCUAAUCUAAUUGAUAUGUUAGUUACCACUCA